UUUUAGGUUCGCUUUUGUACUUUUGAACCUGAUGCUGCUUAAGUUCUAAACGCCAUCGCCACUUGGUUUUAAUAUCCUCUAAUUAUUUGUUAACGCCAAAAAGGCAAUCAAAUGAAGACCAUCUUGUCGAUUGAAAAACACCAGUACAUAUGGAAAUUCUUAAGAGAAAGACUUCAAAAAUAUUAAAAAACAUCGGACUAGUUUCGAUUUGAAAGUAUAUCGCCACCAAUAAUUUUAACCAAAAACUCUACGUAUGUAUAUUAGCAAAAAUGACCCCUGCGCCUGACUUUUCCAAUUUUAGUUUAUUCAGCUUGUCUAAUAAAUCAGCUGCAUGCGUAUUUGUAAGAAAACAAUUUAUGCAGUGAAAGGUGGUUUGAUCUUGAAAGACGAAGAACUUGCAAAUUGUAUUAAAAUAAUUCCCCAACUCUGUGGUGGCGCAAGAAGUAUAAAUAUCGAAGUGAUCGCUUCUCGACUCAAAUUAGUACCAGUUAUAAUUCAAGGAAACCGCUCUGAAAUGAAGAAAUUGAGUUUUAUGUUAGUGUUAGCGAUGCUCAGCGUAUGCUUUCUAUCUGAAGCCAAUUGUGAAGACGAUGCUACCGUCGAUGACAGUGAUACUGGCAGCAAUGACAACGACGGUAAUGAUGAAGAUACUGGCAGCAAUGAUACUGGCAACAAUGACAACGAUGAUAAUGAUGAAGAUACUGGCAGCAAUGAUACUGGCAACAAUGAUAACGACGAUAAUGAUGAAGAUACUGGCAGCAAUGAUACUGGCAACAAUGAUAACGACGAUAAUGAUGAAGAUACUGGCAGCAAUGAUAGCGACGAUAAUAAUGAAGAUAAUGGCAGCAAUGAUACUGGCAACAAUGACAACGAUGAUAAUGAUGAAGAUACUGGCAGCAAUGAUAGCGACGAUAACACUGGUGAUACUGACAACAAUGGUGCCAGCGAUAAUACUAGUGGAACUGACAACAAUAGUGGCAGCAACAAUAAUGGAGGUAGCAAUAACGGCAAUAGUGGUGGAACUAGCAUUGGAAAUAGCGGAAGCAAGCCAUCAGGUCCGGUUCGUAAAAGGCUUACAAUACGUAAUUUCAAAUAUACAAUGCGGAAAAAAGUGGUGAAACAACAGAUACGCGGAAACAAAAAGGCCAAAGGCCGAAAACGUAUAAAUAAUCGUAGUGGAGCAAAAUCUGGCUUACGUAGGUAUAAACCUGCAGUUAUUACUGGAUAAAUGCCAAAGUGUCUUAUAUGUGUACCGAGCUUCCAGAAGAGGAAAUACUUAUACUAAAUAAUACUUAUACUAAAAUACGUACAUACAGUAAAAAAUCACAAAUUUUAUUUUUAUCAAUAUCAAAAACUUUUU